AGGGAGUUAUUUCAGUAGUCUCCAUAAUGAAAACAACACAAGGAAGUUGCACUUCUUGGUGACGACACUUUUUGGAGAAACGCCUGGAAGUGUCCAGAGUGACAGCUCCGCGGCUAUAAAAGAAACUAUGGCACAGCCCGUAAACACAAGAACAAGAUCCAGAAGUGAAGAGUCGCAAGAACUCCACAAGCUGCAGAGAACCCACAGAGUGCUUUUAAGUACAAGCAUCUUGACAGUCAAACAAACAAAAUGGCCUCAGCGAAAGGCGCCGCCAUCGGCAUCGACCUCGGCACCACGUAUUCCUGCGUGGGUGUUUUCCAGCACGGGAAAGUGGAGAUCAUCGCCAACGACCAGGGCAAUAGGACCACGCCCAGCUACGUGGCGUUCACCGACACCGAGAGGCUCAUCGGCGAUGCCGCCAAGAACCAGGUGGCGUUGAACCCCAGCAACACGGUGUUUGAUGCCAAGCGACUGAUCGGAAGGAGGUUCGACGACCCGGUGGUGCAAGCGGACAGGAAGCACUGGCCGUUCAAGGUGGUUGCUGACGGAGGGAAGGCCAAAAUUCAGGUGCAACACAAAGGGGAGGACAAGGUCUUCUACCCAGAGGAGAUCUCCUCCAUGGUGCUGGUUAAAAUGAAGGAGACGGCCGAAGCCUACAUGGGUCAGCGGGUGUCCAGCGCCGUGGUCACAGUCCCCGCCUAUUUUAACGACUCCCAGCGGCAGGCCACCAAAGACGCAGGCGUCAUCGCAGGCCUCAACAUCCUGAGGAUCAUCAACGAGCCCACAGCGGCCGCCAUCGCCUACGGUCUGGACAAAGGCAAGUCGGGAGAACGCAACGUCCUCAUCUUUGACCUGGGUGGUGGCACCUUCGAUGUGUCCAUCCUGACCAUCGACGGCGGCAUCUUCGAGGUCAAAGCCACUGCCGGAGACACGCAUCUGGGCGGAGAGGACUUUGACAACCGCAUGGUGGAGCACUUUGUGGCUGAGUUCAAGAGGAAGCACAAGAAGGACAUCAGCCUGAGCAAGAGGGCGUUGAGGAGGCUGCGUACCGCCUGUGAGAGGGCCAAAAGGACGCUGUCCUCCAGCUCCCAGGCCAACAUCGAGAUCGACUCCCUCUUUGAGGGCGUCGACUUCUACACCUCCAUCACCAGAGCUCGUUUUGAGGAGCUGUGCUCCGACCUGUUCAGGGGAACUUUGGAGCCGGUGGAGAAAGCCCUGAAGGACGCCAAGAUGGACAAGGGUCACAUCCAUGACGUGGUCCUGGUCGGCGGCUCCACGCGGAUCCCCAGAAUCCAGAAGCUCCUUCAGGACUUCUUCAAUGGCAGGGAGCUGAACAAGAGCAUUAACCCAGACGAGGCGGUGGCUUACGGUGCCGCCGUCCAGGCCGCCAUCCUCACAGGGGACACCUCGGGCAACGUCCAGGACCUGCUGCUGCUGGACGUGACGCCUCUGUCGCUGGGCAUCGAGACCGCCGGAGGAGUCAUGACGCCGCUCAUCAAACGCAACACCACCAUCCCAACAAAGCAGACACAGAGCUUCAGCACCUACGCCGACAACCAGCCCGGUGUCCUCAUCCAGGUCUUGGAAGGCGAGAGGGCCAUGACCAAGGACAACAACCUGCUGGGAAGGUUCGAGCUGUGCGGAAUCCCCCCGGCUCCGCGAGGCGUACCGCAGAUCGAGGUCACCUUCGACGUGGACGCCAACGGCAUCUUAAACGUGUCGGCGGUGGACAAAAGCACCGGCAAGGAGAACAAGAUCACCAUCACCAACGAUAAAGGCCGUCUGAGCAGAGAGGAGAUCGAGACGAUGGUGGACGACGCCCAAAAGUAUAAAGCUCAGGAUGAACUGCAGCGGGACAAGAUCACCGCCAAGAACGCUCUGGAGUCGUACGCCUUUAACGUGAAGAGCAGCGUGCAGGAUGAGAAGCUGGCUGCCAAGUUGAGCAAGGAGGACAAGAAGACGUUGAUGGACAAGUGUGAGCAGACCCUCGACUGGCUGGAGAACAACCAGCUGGCCGACAAAGACGAGCUCCAACACAAACAAAAGGAGCUGGAACGAGUGUGUCAGCCAAUCAUCAGCAAGUUCUAUCAGGGGGCGGGGCCCGCGGGAGGCAGCGGGGCGCAGGCCCGAGCUGGUACCCAGCCUGGCGGCGAGGGACCCACCAUUGAAGAGGUGGACUGAGGACAUUUGUUGCAUCUCAGAGGCGAAAAUAAAUGUUACUAUUUAAAUGUUGAAACUAUUGUAGUGUAUACUUUGUCAUGUAAAUUAAUUUGAUAAAUAAGUUCUAUAAGGGCAGCACAGUAGCCGACUGGUUAGAGCGUCUGCCUCACAGUUCUGAGGACCGGGGUUCAAUCCCCGGCCCCGCCUGUGCGGAGUUUGCAUGUUCUCCCCGUGACUGCGUGGGUUUUUAUCCAGGCACUCCGGUUUCCUCCCACAUCCCAAAAACAUGCAUGCUAGGUUGACAACUCUAAAUUGCCCGUAGGUGUCAAUGUGAGUGCGAAUGGUUGUUUGUUUGUAUGUGCCCUGCGAUUGGCUGGCAACCAGUUCAGGAUGUACCCCGAUCCUGCCCGAUGAUGGCUGGGAUAGGCUCCAGCACGCCGGCGACCCUUGUGAGGAGAAACGUCUCAGAAAAUGGAUGGAUGGAUAUAUUUAUUGAUAUUUAUUGUUCUAUAAGUCUGAGGUGUGUCCAUACAACAAUCUAUGCCUGUUUGUUUAUGUAUCAAUGCAUCGAUGAAUCGUUCUUUCCAUUUUAACUGUCAUGUUGUCUUUUCAAAAAUACAGUCAGAUGGCUUGAAGAAUGAACUAAUACAAAAUUCAACACAAUAUCAUGUAUCACGGUGGUCUGCCUG